GCGGAGACGCCCGUCCAUGUCUAGUCGUGAUGCAGAUGUAGAACAAGGACUUCGUCAUGACCAUCACAGACACGAACACUAUGACCGUGAUGACAGAGACCUAUAUGAUGUUGAGGCAGGAGGCCUGGAUCAGCCAGAACACAGCCUGCCACCAAACAUCAGCAGGACCAUGUCCCCAGCAGCAGAGCGACUGCGCUACAUUCUUGGAGAUGAGGAGGAAACCAUGCCCACACCCACUCUGUUCACUGAAAUGGACACGCUGCAACACGAGGGAGACGAGCUGGAGUGGAGAGAAUCGGCUAGGUGGGUGAAGUUUGAAGAAAAGGUCGAGGAAGGUGGGGAGAGAUGGAGCAAACCCCAUGUUUCCACACUGUCCCUGCAUAGCCUGUUUGAACUGCGGACAUGCCUACAGACAGGCACCGUGCUGCUAGACCUGGAGGGUUACUCACUCCCACAAAUAGUUGAUGACAUCAUCGAGCACCAGAUAGAGGAAGGGUUGAUUGGUCCUGAACUGAGAGAAAAAAUCAGCUUUGUCUUGCUGAGAAAACACAGGCAUCAGACAAAGAAGCCCAUCCAUCGCUCCCUUGCAGAUUUGGGCAAGUCUGGCUCAGGAGCAAGUGAGUUUUUUUUGUCUCUGUACAUUUCCUAUCGCCACGCUCAAAGCAGAAGUAUGAAUGACAUUGCAGACUCACCAAGCACAGACCAGCUGAAGAACAAAUUCAUGAAGAAAAUCCCUAGAGAUGCAGAGGCAUCCAAUGUUCUGGUGGGAGAAGUGGAUUUCUUAGAGAAACCCUUUGUUGCAUUCAUUCGGCUAGCUCAGGCCACUACUCUUGGGGGACUGACUGAAGUCCCAGUGCCCACCAGAUUCUUGUUUGUGCUACUUGGGCCUCCUGGUAAAGCCAAAUCUUACAAUGAGAUUGGCCGUGCCAUUGCCACACUCAUGGUGGAUGAUCUCUUCAGUGAUGUAGCAUAUAAAGCCAGGGACCGGGAGGAUCUGAUCGCUGGCAUCGAUGAGUUCCUGGAUGAGGUGAUUGUGCUUCCACCUGGAGAAUGGGACCCCAAAAUUCGCAUUGAACCCCCCAAAAAAAUUCCCUCAGCUGACAAAAGGAAGUCUGUGUUUUCCCUCAACGAGUUGGGUCAGAUGAACGGGACAGCAGGUGGAAAAGGAAACGUUAGUGAGGAUGAGGAGAUGCCUGUUCCACAUGAGCUUGGUGAAGAGCUGUCAUAUACUGGGAGGUUCUGUGGUGGACUUUUCCUUGACAUCAAGAGAAAGCUCCCCUGGUACCCCAGUGACAUUUAUGAAGGCUUCCACAUUCAGUCCAUCUCUGCCGUGCUCUUCAUCUACCUGGGCUGCAUAACCAAUGCAAUCACCUUCGGGGGCCUUCUAGGGGAUGCCACAGACAACUACCAGGGUGUGAUGGAGAGUUUUUUGGGCACUGCACUAGCAGGAACUGUAUUCUGCUUGUUUGGCGGUCAGCCUCUCAUUAUUCUCAGCUCAACAGGACCCAUCCUCAUCUUUGAGAAACUGCUUUAUGAAUUCAGCAAAAAUAAUGCAAUUGAUUACAUGGAGCUUCGGCUGUGGAUCGGAAUGCACUCUUGUGUGCAAUGCAUCUUCCUGGUUGUCACAGAUGCCAGUUACAUCAUAAAAUAUAUGACCCGCUUCACAGAGGAAGGCUUCUCGAGCCUCAUCUCCUUCAUCUUCAUCUCCGAUGCCAUCAAGAAGAUGGUGGGAGCCUUCAAAUACUAUCCCAUCAACACCGACUUUAAACCAGACUACGUGACUGCCUACAAAUGCGAGUGUGUGGCGCCAGACCCGAUCCCAGUGCCAGAUAAUACCUCUGCUAACUUUGGUUUAAAUGUAACAGCUCUGGACUGGACUCAGCUGAGUAAGAAGGAAUGUGUGAAGUACGGGGGCGCACUGGUGGGAAAAUCAUGCAAGUUUGUCCCAGAUCUUGCUAUCAUGUCUUUCAUCUUGUUCUUUGGGACCUACACUAUGACUGUCACUUUGAAGAAGUUCAAGUUUAGUCGAUACUUUCCCACCAAGCUGAGAAAGUUGAUCAGUGACUUCUCUAUCUUCAUGUCCAUCAUGACAUUUGUGGGGCUGGAUAUGCUUAUAGGUUUGAAAACACCAAAACUCAUAGUGCCCACAGAGUUCAAGCCCACACGCCCGGAACGGGGUUGGUUUGUGAUGCCAUUUGAAAAGAAUCCGUGGUGGGUUUACCUGGCAAGCUCUGUGCCUGCUCUCCUUGUCACCAUUCUCAUCUUCAUGGAUCAGCAGAUCAGUGCAGUCAUCGUCAACCGCAAAGAAAACAAGUUAAAGAAAGGUUGUGGGUAUCACCUGGACCUAUUGUGGGUGGGCAUUCUGAUGGCAGUCUGUUCUUUUAUGGGUCUGCCGUGGUAUGUGGCUGCCACUGUCAUUUCCAUUGCCCACAUCGACUCACUGAAGAUGGAGAGUGAAUCUAGCGCUCCAGGGGAGCAACCACAGUUCCUGGGCGUGAGAGAACAAAGACUGACAGGUAUCCUUGUCUUUGUACUGACAGGCGUCUCUAUCUUCCUGGCCCCCAUUCUGCAGUUCAUUCCUAUGCCGGUGUUGUAUGGAGUAUUCCUUUACAUGGGUGUUGCCUCUCUCAGUGGCAUCCAGUUCUGGGACAGGAUUAAACUGAUCAUGAUGCCAGCGAAGCACCAGCCAGACUUUGCAUACCUGCGUCACGUACCACUGAGGAGAGUCCACCUGUUCACACUGGUGCAGACUGUGUGCUUAGCUGUGCUCUGGAUCCUCAAAUCCACAUUCCUCGCCAUAAUCUUCCCUGUUAUGAUUCUUGGUCUCAUGGUGGUCCGUAAAAUGUUGGACAUGGUCUUCUCUCAACACGACCUGGCAUGGCUGGAUGAUAUUCUGCCUGAGAAAGAAAAGAAGAAAAAGGAUGAUGAAAAGAAGAAUAACAAGAAGGACAAAAAGAAAGGAGGCAAAGGAGGAGAUGACUGUGGAGAAGAUGACAAGUACCAUCCCUAUUCAAACUGCUCCCCCAAUGAUUCAGACUUGGAUCGCAGCAUCACUCUGCACCUGAAGAUCUCCUGUCCGUCCUCCCCGGAGAUGCCAAUGCCCAGAGGGAUGUCCUGCCCCAUGCCCCAGGUGAAGAUUGAGAUGGAGUCGGACUACGACAACACUGAUAUUAACCCUAGAAGCAGACACAGAGAACACAGAGAUCACAGGGAACACAGGGAACACAGAGAUCACAGAGAUCACAGGGAACACAGGGACAUGAGCAGCGAAACAACUCUCUAAUGAAAGUUUUUCAAUUAUAGAACGGUGAACAAUGUGAAGUGUGGAAUGUUACACAGCACUCCGUCUCCGUCUUGACUGAAGCUCCUGUGUUGCUAAUACAUGUUCAUGUUCAACUUACGAUACAGAGUGUAUCAGGCAACACUUUAAAUGGGUAGGAAUCAGACACUGUAAAAGUCAGACACUGAAUUGUUUUUUAAAGUGCAAAGAUUGAGCCAAAGUCAUGCAUGCAUUAAAUAUGGGUUUUGUUUCUUAUUUUAAAAGCCAAAAAAAUUUUUAAAUAAUACUAACUGGAAUCUGUAUAAUGCCACAGGUAAUAGAACAAAUACAUGAAAGGGUAGGAAGUUUAUUUGCACACUACAAAUGAAAAUAUAUUCCACAAUUAUCAAUUUAUACAUAUGCUAUAAACUGAACCUUUUACACUUUAAUUUUAGAAAACUAGUCAAACUGUAUAUUCAAGAAUCCAAUAUUAUUGUGAAAAUUAUUAUGAUUUUGUUUUCUCCUGUAACUGCUUAUACCUGUGAAGUAGUGUUGCAUUUCUCCAAACAGUCAUUCUUUUCCUUCCUUCCCCUUCUUUUCCCUGCAUAUGACUCUCAAAAAUCAAAGUUGGGGAAAUGAAACAACCAAAACAUUUGCUUUGAAAUAAUACAUGAAAGUUUUGGGACUUUAACUUUCUUUAAUUGAAAUUUUAAGAAUUAAGAAUCUGAAUCCUAUACAAUUUAAGUGGAAUGCUAUUGUCUGUAUUAUGUAUGCUGUGCAAGAAUAUAUACAAAUGUGCAGUGUGAUGGAUGUAGGUUGAUAUGAGAUUUAAGAUCUGGAAUAAGAGAGAACAGUUUUGAUAUGCAAUAAUUGUCUUCUGACAACUUAAAUUCUGGUUAAGGAA